AUAGGAAAAUCGUCACUAAUGUCAACAAAUGCAUAACAACCCAUAAAUUACAAACACGAAAUGAAAAUUGUUAUUAACUGUAAGUUAAUUGAACAACCAAUAAACUCAGUUUCGAAGGAUGGCCUGCUAUUUUAUGUAACUGAGUUGUAUUUCUGUUAGCAUUUUGUCCAAUGAAUGUUUCCUUUCUUCACAGGUCCAGACUUGUAUUUGAGCCUUUGUGUUACAGUAGUAGACCAAUAACCGUUAGUGUCAAAGUAUCGACGCUGACCUAUUAUAUCGGACACAUAAGAACACCCAUAUUUCAGAAUAUUUAUAACAAAACGAGUUAAAUGUAGGUGAUUUUAUUCCUUUAUAAAUUGCUUAUUUCUUCAAAUCCAGUUACCAAGUUAACCAAGAAUUAAACAAGAGCCAACAUACAUCACUGCUGCCUUUUCGUUACUUGCCACGGUCUGGAUAUGUGCAACUGAGUUAUGGGUACCUUGUUCGAAUGUCUGCGUGAAGCCCGACUGGAAAAAUACUACCCUGCUUUCCGAGCUAAUGGCAUCAUCCGGUCAGAAAUGUUGUCAAGACUUACUCUGGAUGACUGUAUGGCGCUGGGCAUUACUUCUCUUGACGACAAGAGACGUGUGAUCGAACUGAUAAACAUCAUCAAAUCGGUGCACUCUGCCAGCCGAUCCCAUGUAUCUGCGACCAGCAGACUGAGAUCUGACAACCCUUCUACGUCAAGUGCUGCUCGACGAAAUGUUGAACCGAGACAACGCAAUACAAGUCCAUCACAACACACGCAAUCUUCGGGAGGAAGUUCUCGUCCCCUUGAAGUGACAAGAGAUGUGGUUGUUAAUGACAGGACUCCACAUUUUUCAGCCACAUCUUACAUUGAUCUGCUUCAGUUACUGAGUGAAAGUAGUGACAGUGCCUCGUCGGAUGAUUCUGUUCAUUCAGGCUACAAACCGACCCGAAAGAACACAAACCGAUCUAACAUAAGCAUGCCACCUGUUCGUGUCAAAAGGGCAGCUGUGCAAAGGAUAAAACAUGACAGGGGCUAUAACUAUGGCGUUCCGCAAGCUACGUCCAAAGGGAAGUCUAACUGUGGUACUGCAAAGUCCAGCAGUGAUGAUAGAAUUAGAGUCUGUGUUCGAAAACGACCUUUGACACGUAAAGAGGUCAAGGGUCAUGACCCGGACAUUGUCGAGGCAGAUGAUGCAACAGUUGUGAUUGUUAAUGAACCAAAACAAGCAGUGGAUCUUACAGCAUUUACUCUUCAGCAUGAAUUUGUGUUUGACGAGGUUUUUGGUGAGACAUGUACUAACGAGGAUGUAUAUCUCAGGGCUGCACGACCUCUUAUCAACUGUCUUUUUAAUGGAUCGAAUGCUACUUGUUUUGCUUAUGGCCAGACUGGUGCUGGUAAGACUUACACUAUGAUGGGUUCAGCCGAAAUCCCAGGUUUGUACCUGUUGGCUGCACGAGAUAUCUUCUCCAUUAUGCUGUCGGGACAAUAUGGCACUGAGCUCUGUUUGUGGGUCAGUUUCUUCGAAAUCUACUGCGGACAGCUCUUUGAUCUACUCAAUAGACGACAAAGACUGCAUGCACGGGAGGAUGGGUCUCAGAGAGUGUGUAUAGCUGGACUCAUGGAAACAAAAGCAAAGGAUGUGGCAGGAUUAAUUGAGGUUCUAGACUAUGGGAAUUCGGUGAGGAGCAAGGGAGCAACAGGAGUUAACCCGGAUUCUUCACGGUCUCACGCCAUACUUCAGAUGGAGAUCAGAGACACUUCAGACAGGAAACUGGGCAGGAUUUCCUUCAUCGACCUGGCGGGCAGUGAGCGAGCGGCGGAUGUGACAGACACUGACCGGCAGACAAGAAUGGAAGGAGCCGAGAUCAACCAGAGUCUUCUGGCUCUGAAGGAGUGCAUUCGUUCUAUCGAUCAAGAAAGUCGACACAAGCCUUUCCGACAGAGUAAGCUUACUCACAUCCUCAAGGACUCGUUUAUUGGGAAUUCACGAAUGUGUAUGAUAGCCAACAUAUCUCCUACAUACGUGGCUUGUGAGAACACACUUAAUACUCUACGUUAUGCUGAUCGAGUUAAAGAACUGAAGCGACAUACUUCAUCAAAGGGUCCGACAACAAGACAAGCAAUGAACCUUCUGAUGAACAUCCCUAUCACAGCACCCUCGAUUUUCCACCCGUCCAGUGUCCCAUCCACCUCCACACCCAUGAGACCUUCUGCCAGGUCCAACACGACCAGACAACACACCUUCGAAGACAGCCUUCUGGAACAGUCCACUUCACCAGUCAGGGGACACAACGUCCGGAGGAAGACCGCUCGAUCUCAGCCGCAGCAAACCACUUUUCAUGUGUCACCUCCACGAACAGUAACUCCUGCAAGGACAAAGUCGGCAUCUUCUUCUUCUCAUUCAGUUCCACAAGACGUUUCUGUGCCAGUACGGAAGACUCCAGUCAGCAAGGCUAACAUUACUGCUGCUCCUGUGACAGCUCAUCAGGUGUCAUCUCCAAGCGGUUCUGACCGAACAGAUUCCGAGUCGUGUAAUCUGACACUGCCUAAGAAUGCUCCCAAUCCAGUGGAGAGCGCACCAGUCACUGCUGUCAGUGCUCCAUCAACUGAUUCAGAGUUUGACUUUCCAACCUCAGACUUCAACGAAGCUGAGGGUCUAAACGAUCUCAACAAGAGUGAUCCACCUCGGACAACUGCCCAGACCACCAUGUCUACACCGGUAGGUCAAGGUUACACAAAUGCAGCCGUACCUCGUUCUGACCUUUCAGGAAUGGUUGUUACAGAACCAUCACAAAGAAUUCAACAAGGAAUUCAUGGUGCAAGCAUUCAGGAUGGACUAGUCUUGAAGCCAUUUGAAAGUGAUUGCAGCAGAACUGGCUCUAAUAACCAGAAGGAAGUAGUCCCGGCGAUGAAGAAACCUAAGAGAAGUAACUCACCGGGCAGAAGACUUCCUUCUCUGCAUCUUGUUCAGGCGGGCGUGGCUGGUAUUCCUGCCGAGUCAGUCCCUUCACAAGUGAGCUCCACACCGUAUGCGAUUCCUCAAACUGAAGCAACACCUCUCGCGGGCAGUGUUGAUGAUGACAUGUUGUUUGAUGCUCCACCUCCCUCCAGAGCACCAGGGUUGGGUGGGACCAUCGCAACCACACUGGAAGAGAGGAAUCACUUGGGCAUCAUCCCAGCAGCUCUUCCAGCCUCCAGCAGUGACCUGACACAGUUCACUCAGAGGCCAAGGGUCGCACCUCCCACAGACAUGGAAGGGAUCUUGUUGACUCCUCGGCAAGCUGAGGUAAUUGUUCCUAAUGUGGCAGGAGAUGCUGCUGCUACUACUGCUUCUUCUUCUUCUGCUGUUGCCACUGAGAUCUCAGCAUCACUAGCCGUGUCACAGUAUGGAGGAAUAUACACAUCGGCACAUUCUAGUCAUGCCAGGCCAACUGUAGAGUUUUAUUUGUCGCCCAGCACUGUUCUCACUGAGAGUCUGCCAAUGGUGGAUAUUCUGCCCGAGUUGCCUGCAGAGCUGGUUACCCCGAGUCCUGUGGAGGACAGACGGGGAACAGAGUCUAAAACACCGUCACCAAUUCAUCAGUCUCUGUCCAAAGAUGGCCGACCUUGCAGGCAGAGACACACAUCGGCUUCCUCACCAGCAGAGUCCAGUGACGACUCCUUUGAGGCUGUCAGGACCUCAGUGUCUGAUUCAGGACAGGGUCCUUACAAAGUGAGCACUCAGGUGAACAGAGUUGACCUGCACAAGGGAAAGAGUGACCCCAUCUUGGCACUGCACAUGCAGAAGAAGAAACACACUCUUCCAGAUCCACAGGAAUUCCUGAAGUAUCUCUCCAGAGGGGCAACACCCAAGUCUGGAUCAUCGCCAAGCAUUUCUAGUCCAAUGUCUGGCAUCCUUACUAAACCUGACAGCCAGUCAGAGAUGGGCUCUCAUUUGUCUCCAAAUAAAACAGAACCUUUUGAACCACUAGCACACGAUCAGGAAAAGGAGAAACCUGUGGACUAUAAUGUCCCGCCUGGACUACACACUGGUGCACCUGAUAGAAAUACUCAGUACUAUGGUAAUCGACAGUUUAGCGGUGGUGACACAGUGAUGGCUGAUAUAUCCGAGACUCGCAGUGUUCCUCAUACUCAGUCUGUGUCUCACGUGAAGACAAAGAGUGGCAUGACAGUUGCUGCUAUGAUAGACCGGAGUCAGGCCGAUGCACGUCGGUUUGCCCGCAGUCCGACAAUGUCAGAUCAGUCUCGCAGACACUCUCAGGCAAACAAUAACAGUGUUUUCGUACAAAAGGACAAACCAAAUAUCCUUGUUGUGCCAAAUGAAAUGGGUAACGUAAAGGAUGCUGCAUUGGCAGUAGAUUCUGAAAUGGCAUUAAAGAACGUUCAUGUCACUGUGAGUAGUUAUGUUGUACGCAACAAUAAUUCCCCGUACGGAGGGAAGUCGACAAACGCGGCCAUAGUGACAGAGAAACUUGCCACGGGCUCUGUGUUUUCUCCCAUCCAUCCACAGCCGCUGACGUCUGCCGUCGUCUCGAAGACUGUGGCGAGCAGUCUGGAUGUGAUACAGCCCAAACCUGUGCAUACCACAGCCAGCUUGUCACUGACAGGGAGACAAGAGAGGACUGUGCGUAAAGCAUCUCUAGAGGAAAAACCCGACUACAGAUCUGAACUGAUUUCUGCUCAUGAGGAUCAACUAGCAACAGUUACCUCCCUUUGUAAGCAGGAGAUGAAGCUACUUCUAGGAGCAAAGGCUGGGAAUAGGAGUUUUGAAGAAUACUUGAAAAGGGUGAACGACCUUUUAAGUCAGAAAUUGCUUGUGAUGCAGCGGUUACAAACACAAAUCACAUCAUACUGUGAAGAAAAGGGAAUACCAGCUUUUUCUGCCAACAUUAGCCAAUCAUCUUCGGGUAGAACCAGUAUCAGCCAAUCAGCAUCCAGAUCCUCCAGUAUUGACCAAUUAACAUCUAGGUCUGUUAAUGUCAGCCAUUCAGCAUUAAGUCAACGAGCUCAAAGAUAGUGUUAACUUUGUUGUUUGACAUAAAUUGCAGAUUGAAGUGACAUGUCUACUAAUAUUUAUAUAAUAUGGAUGUAAAACAACAAAAAUACAUUGUAAUUCAGAUGAUAAUUUUUACUAGUUCCCAUGUUUUUAAUUUGUUUGGAUAAUUUAUUGUCAUGAAAUACAUGAUAGUGUUGAGUGACAAGAUUGUAAUAUUGUUUUGUGUUUUAAACUCGUAAUAAUUAAUUUAGCAGCGCUCCAUUGUUGUUUUACAAUUGAUCAUGGGGUGGGGGAAAGGGAAUUGUUUUGUAUAUCCCCACCAUCCACCAAAUAUAAUUUUAUUUAAACCAUGACAGAUGUGGCAGAUCCACCAGGGUUGCAAUAAUUAUUACAAUAUCUUCCAAGCCCUUCCUCAUGUUAACAUUUCUGGACCACCAGGGGCCCCAUUACACAAAACAUCGUAAGUUUACGUCUGUGACAAGCAGUUAUACUAGCCAUAUGUUUACAUGUGUUUGGCAUCUAUUUCACACAGAAACUUACAUUAUUACAGAAGAUUGAAAAUUUUAAGGACAAAAGAAAUUGAAAUAUGUGUACUUAAAGCUAUAUUACUUUUACUAUUAGUAGUAAUAAGAAUUGUGGGUUAGUCAUAACUUUAUGUUUAUGUUCAAAACUAGGCGUACGACGUUUUGUGAAAUUGGGCCCAGACCUUAAUACAGUGCAAAUCAUAAACCCCUGCAUUUAAGAAAAUGUCUGGCAAAAACCAUGUCAUGAAAAAAAAAAUCGAAUAUAGUCCACAGCUUAAAAAAAAAAAAAGUGUCCUGGAUAAUUAAAAACAUGACGGCAAUCUCCAUGGCAUAUCCGAUUGGCAUGGGCAAUUGCAGGGGUUGGAUCAUUGAAAACAGAAGUUUAAAUACUUGUUUCCAUUAUUAGGUUCUUUUUUUUUUUCGUUUUGUUAAUGUGGUCAUGUAAAUCCUUUUUCCUUCUCAGUAUUAUUUUAUUAUACUAAGCAAAAAACGUGGCAUACUAAAACUCUUGGUCACUUUUUUGCUGAAUUCACUUUGUACAAAUAUCAUUAAUUGGAACAGAACAAAAUAUGUUUUAAACAUUUCAUUUUAUCAAAUUAGAAUUUGCUAUUUUUUAAACGAGGUUUUUGCAAUUGAUUCUUGAUACUGCUUGAUCGUCUUGUAAUUAAUUUGGUUGUCUUCUGAUCGUCCUGUAAUUAAUUUGGUUGUCUUCGUGUCACUGAUGCAUCCUGUUGAUAUGAGCCAGGUUUUAAGGAAAUUGCAGGACAGCGUAUGAUUAAAUUUCAUUAUUCAUUCUAUGACAGCUAAACAAGUGGGUGUGUGAUUUCAGCGGUUUUUUCUGUCCAUCUGUAAGGACAUGUGUUGUUCAUUGAUUUUCUCUUGGUGCAGUUUGAUACAUUACAUUACUCCUACAACUCGUGCUUGUUUAGAUACUGCAAAGGGAUUUCUGUUUAACAACACACACCCUGGUGCUCUUUUAAUCAACACUGUAACUUGUGUUAGGUUAUCACUCUUAAGAAAAUUUUAAAAUCAGCAGAUUGUAACAAUGGGGUGGGUGGGGGUUACUAAUCUUUUUUUUCAGUUAUAAUUUUUUCAAUAUAUUUUCAUGUUUCUUUUUGUGUGCAAUAAUUUAUUUCAAUGUGAUUUCUGUUUAACUUAUUAAAGUCCCAGUGUAAGUUGCUGGCCUUUCGUGUUUGGAUAUUGACCUGCUUUACCAGAGUUAAGUCCCUUUAUUAAAAAGAUACUGUAUAUUUUUAAUUACUUGAAAGCAUUUUGUUUUGCAUAUUCACUUGUAAUGUAUCUGUAUACAAAGAUUGAUGGAUGAAUUUAUAUUUAGUGUAGGAGUGUAUGGAGUAGGGGAAGAUUGCUUUUAAUUAUAUUUUGAAGUUAGUUAUUAGGGCAUUGUGUAAAUAAUAAACAUCACACUAUUAUUAUUGGAUGCACCAUUCUGGGUAACCUCCAUUAUUUUCAUCAGGUCAGUUUCAUCUUUAAUUUGUUUCCUUGUGUUGAGACUAAAUCAUUAUGUCUGCAAGUUGGAAGUUUGGGCUAUUAUGUUUAAAAAAAACCGUCAUGUUAGAAAAGAUUAAUUGUUGAUCUUUUUAUAGUAUAAUGUAAUUUAAUUAUAAGUUCAUGUACUUGAUUUCAGUUUGUAUGUAAGUUUUAUGUUUACUGAUGUUUUCAGCAACAGGAAUGAGACGUAUUGUUUUGUCCUUGUUACUCAUCUGACACAAGGGUGUGACAGCAGCAACUUACACUCACUCACUCACUCUCUCUCUCUCUCUCUCUCUCUCUCUCUCUCUCUCUCUCUCUCUCUCUCUCUCUCUCUCUCUCUCUCUCUCUCUCUCUCUCUCUCUCUCUGAUAUCCGAUAUCUGAUUGAUAUCUGAAUACUUAAAGGUGUGAUAGUACAGGUAAAUGACCUGCUGAAUAAAAUAUUACCUGAAAACUUAAAAAUAUAAUUUAUCAGACACAAAUCCUCUAUUCAGCCAGCAACAAUAAUUGUCAUAUUCCAGUUUUCAAUGUCUUGGUAUAUAAUUGAAUUAAGGCUACAUAUACACAUAUUGACAUGAUAAAAAUAUACUGUUCAUUAAUGUUUUAGCCAAUAUUGGUCCUUUGAGAUUGUGGUUAGUAGAAAAGAAGCAUACACCAUGUACUUUACAAGUCACAAAAUCACCUAUAGUACUGUAUAUUAAAAGAUAAUUUCCUCUGUCAUAGAUUGAAAAGAAAUGACGUGUUCUACAGUAGUGUUAUUUAGUAUCCCAAUUAUCAUAUAUAAUCCAGUAUUAGAAUGAAUGUUUAACAACACCCAAGCAUGAAAAAUCUAGUAUUUGACAAAAACAAAUCUUGUAAAUUGAGAUAUUAUGCCAAUAAAUGCACAACACUAAACUACUAACAUAACUGCUAAAGAAUAAACGCCAAUAGAUGAAUGUGUAUAUACAAAUUCAUAUUUAUUUUACUGUAAUAAUUUAAAAUAAUAUAGCAAUAUAAGUUAUUGUAAAACGAAAUUGUUUAAUAUUUUGGAGGUAUCCAUUUGUAAACUACUCAUGUGAUCUGUCAGGGAUAUAGCUCUGGAUGAGCAAAACAUCUUUGAAAAAAGGCAAAACAACAGUUAUUUUUGCCAAAUUAAAAUAAAUUACGCCAAUUGUUCCUAAAAUAUCGCAAUGGGCAAAUUUGGUGAGUGGCAGAGCUAGCCCUGGAUCUUAAUGGGAAGAUACCAUGAAGAUAAACUUGAAUAAAGUAUCUGCAGAAAGAUGGAAAUUUAAUUUUUACGAUAUGUAUUUGACUAUGGCUGUUUUCCCCACUUACAUGUAUAUGAACUUCAAGGUGACAAUAUUGAUGCUACAUGGAUGUACAGAUAGGUUAGCACAGGUAUUAGUUUUUGUACCAUAAACAAGGCUCCGAGCCUUAUUUCAGUAUUUCCAUAUACUUUUUAUGUAAAUCAUUGCAUUAAUAUUUAUCACAUUAGCACUGUCCGCAAGUCUACAUUGUUCUUGUUAAAUAAGUGUACAUUUUGUCUUUCAAGUAUUAACCAUGUUUUCAUGUCAGAUUUGUUUUAAGUCGUACAUGUACGUACUAAGUUUAAAAUACUGGGACCUAAUUCACAGAGGUCUCUUAGGCUCUGGUAGACAACAAAGUAUCCUCUUUGCAAGUCUUUUACCAUUGCACUGCGAGAUCACUAAGUUGCGAGAGUUUAGUGAAUUAGGCCCCUGAUUUUAUUCUUUUAUACAAUGUUCCUUGUGAAGUAUACACAAAUUCACAUGUAUAAUGUCAGGCCAUGCACUCCAUUACUGUAAUUGUAUGAGCAGAGGUAGCUCCGUAAAGUUUCAUCUGAAACUUGCAUCAUAGGAAUUAUUUUCACUUGUCACACUGCCUUAAAUCAUGAAAGAAAUGGGUAUCAAAUCAACAUUGCACUUAAAGUUCAGAAGUGACAACUCGACACUACUGGGCCCAUGCUUAUAAAAAAAAUUUUUAGAGUCCAGACUCAAAUGAUGUCACACGCAUGCAAUUUGUAUGGCGUUGCCAUGACGUUACUGUCUCAGACUCUGUUAGAGUCUCGACUUAUAAAACCUU